AUGGACACCAGCAGUGCGUCCAGCCCGCCCGCUGCCCGGAUACAGCCCUCCAUACGAUCAUUCUUCCAACCUCGACAACCCAGUUACACAGCACCACCAGGCUCUUCCGCUCCUCAACCGUCGCCCUCACCUCUGCCCUCGCGCUCCACGACACAAACGCCCCCCCCUCCCCCCUCACUCCCAUCUCCAAACCCAGCAAACACAAGUCCCCAAGCUCCCCAAGCUCUCCAAGCUCCCAAACUCCCCGCCCAAGCAACCAUCUCCCCCAUCUCGCAGGCCCAUAUCCAGCCUCUCCGCCGCAUCAACGCCCUCCUCCUCCCAAUCGCCUACCCCGACUCCUUCUACCAAAAGAUCCUGUCGCCCGACCCUGCAACACCAGGUGGCCCCCCCAGCACCAAUUUCUCGCGCGCAAUCCUCUGGACAGACCCCGCCAGCCAGGAGACCAAGCUCGUCGGUGGCGUCGUCUGCCGUCUAGACCCCGCGCUCUCUCCCACCUCUACGCCAGAGACCCCGGUCUACGCACCCGAUGCCCACGACAUCUACGUGCAGAGCCUCGCGCUCCUGUCGCCUUACCGCGGGAAGGGACUCGUGGCCGCGGUGCUGAGCGAGAUCAUUGAAGCCGCGACGCGGCAGACGGAGGCCAAGAUUAGAAGUCUUUACGCGCACGUGUGGACGCAGAACGAGGAGGCGCUGGCAUGGUAUGCGGCCAGGGGGUUUACGAGAGAGGAAGGCGUGAUACAUGGCUAUUACCGGCGUUUGAGUCCGGACACAGCUCUGAUUUAUCGGAGGCCCUUGCGGCCGUCUGACCAUCUGAAUGCUGCUUCGGCGGUACAGACAUCUAGGAGUGUAUCAGACGCACAAGUGUCGUCGCCUACGACUGCCAAGAGGCCGGCUCUUCCAGCGCACGCGAGGUCUUUCCAGGACAAAGGGCCAGAGAGGGAGUGGAAUGAUCUACCCGAGGAUAUCCUGGGUGGUGGGAUGUUAAAGCCGCCGAGUGCGUUGGGUAGUCAGCAAGGGAGCGCGGCUAGUUCGAGGAGUAGCUCCAGAGGUGGCGCUGAGGGGAGAGGAAAGAAGAAGAGAGCAUACCCUGCAGCUGCCUUUGGCAGCUAG